AUGGCAGAGAAGAACUUCAGCUCAGUGACUGAAUUCCUCCUUAUCACUUUCACUGACUGUCCUGAAUGGUCACUCCCUCUCUUCCUCCUCUUUCUAUUUAUCUAUCUCAUCACUUUGUCAGGGAACUUGGGCAUGAUUAUCCUGAUUCGCAUGGAUCACUGGCUCCACACCCCAAUGUACUUCCUUCUGAGUCAACUCUCUUUCAUGGACAUCUGCUACUCGUCUGUCACUGUGCCUCAGAUGAUGGCCAUUUUGUUGGAGCAUGGGGCAGUUUUAUCCUACACACGCUGUGCUGCUCAAUUCUUCCUCUUCACCUUCUUUGGCUCCAUUGACUGCUACCUCCUGGCAAUCAUGGCCUAUGACCGCUACGUGGCCGUGUGCCAACCUCUGCUUUAUGUCACCAUCAUGACACAGAAGACCCUUUUGAGUUUCGUGGCUGGGGCUUACAUUGCUGGUCUUUUCAGUGCCUUGGUGCGGACAGUCUCAGCUUUCACUCUCUCCUUCUGUGGAACCAAUGAGAUUGACUUCAUUUUUUGUGACCUCCCUCCUCUUUUAAAGCUGACUUGUGGGGACAGCUACACCCAGGAAGUGGUAAUUAUUGUGUUCACCAUUUUUGUCAUCCCUGCCUGCAUGGUGGUGAUCUUGGUGUCCUAUCUGUUUAUUAUCAUGACCAUUAUGAGGAUCUCCUCAGCUGGAGGCAGGGCCAAGACCUUUUCUACGUGUGCCUCCCACCUCACCACUGUGUCACUCUUCUUUGGCACCCUCAUCUUCAUGUAUCUGAGAGAUAACUCAGGCCAGUCCUCACAGGAGGAUCGGGUGGUGUCUGUGUUCUACACAACAGUGAUCCCCAUGUUGAACCCCCUCAUCUACAGCCUGAGGAACAGGGAAGUGAAGGAGGCCCUGAGGAAAAUUCUCAACAAAGCCAAGUUGUCCUAA